AUGGCUGUAACUUUCACUCAUUCUGAGGUACAGGGAGAGACGUUACGUGAAAAACGUGGCGUAUUUACAAAAAAUUUCUUUGGUGGUGUUUGGGGAAAUCGACCACCUUUGCUCGAAGCGAAGCAGCCCAAGAACACGUGCAGUUGUAAGUGUGGCGAACGAAAUGAAGUAUCCAGAAUAGUAGGUGGCGAGGAAGCAGGCAUAAAUGAGUUUCCCUGGAUGGCUAAACUCUCAUAUUUCAAAAGAUUCUAUUGCGGAGGCAUGUUGAUCAACGAUAGAUACGUGCUUACUGCUGCUCAUUGUGUUAAAGGAUUUAUGUGGUUCAUGAUAAAAGUAACGUUUGGAGAGCAUAAUCGGUGUAACGCCACGCAACGACCGGAGACUCGAUUUGUUAUUCGAGCUAUCCCUAAUAAAUUCAGCCUUAGCAAUUUUGACAAUGACAUCGCCUUGCUUCGUCUCAAUGAAAAAGUCCUCAUGAGCGUCGCUAUAAAACCCAUAUGCUUGCCUACUGACCGCAAGAACUUAUAUGUCGGGGCAAAGGCAGUUGCAUCAGGUUGGGGCACUCUUACCGAAGAGGGUAAGGUUUCUUGUACACUACAAGAGGUAGAAGUCCCUGUUAUGAGCAAUGAGGAAUGUAGAAACACGAAGUAUUCAUCGAAUAUGAUUACUGAUAAUAUGCUGUGUGCUGGGUACCCUAAGAUGGGACAAAAAGAUUCUUGCCAGGGUGACAGCGGCGGGCCGCUCAUCACUGAGAGAAAGCUCGACAAGCGCUACGAGCUAAUAGGCGUGGUUUCAUGGGGUAAUGGAUGCGCUAGAGUGGGCUACCCAGGAGUGUACGCGAGGGUCACCAACUUCCUGGAUUGGAUAAUCGAUAACACAAAAGACUCGUGUUACUGCAGAGAA